AUUUACGCCUUUUGCUCAUUCCUCCAUAACAACACUUGUCGCUAUUGUUCAUUCUCUGAUUAAUUCACUCCCGUUAGAUAAAUACCGCCAUUGUCCCUCGUCAUCUUUGCCAAAAACAGCCCAUAUUUAUUUCCUCUUUUUCUUCCCUCCACUUCACAAUGACAACACGCAGGCCCCGACGACAAAACAACAAUCACCGACACAAUCAGCCUCAACCCUCGGACUACGAUUCAGACUACCAGAAUUAUUUCUCAGAUACCCAACAGCAAGAAAUUAGCAUGCCACCUCCCCCAGUCCGUUCCAACGAAGAGCUAAACAUCUCCGUCCUCCGCCGUCACAACCCCGCCAUAACGUCGAUUCUCUCCUUAGCGCCUUAUGCCGUCAUCUACAUAUUCAGCCCAACCACACGGCAGUGGGAAAAGAGCGGAGUGGAAGGCUCACUGUUUGUUUGUCAAUUGUCGCAAGGGUCUCUAGGCGAAGAACGAUAUAACGUUUUCGUACUGAAUCGGCGGGGUCUGCAGAAUUUCGAUGUUCCCCUGACGGAAGGGGAUAAUGUGGAAAUUACAGAGGAAUAUGUGAUCCUUAAGGUUGAUGAAGACUCCGGGUUGGGUGUGGAUAAUAAUAACAGCACGAAUGGGAAAAGCGCCGAUCUCCGCAUAUACGGUCUUUGGAUUUAUUCAGAACCGCCUCCCAACUCUACAGCCGAAACGCGCAGUAUCAAUGCUCAGGUGAUUCGGGAAUGCGCCAUACAUGCAGGUCAAAGUUUGAAGCUGGCUCGCGAGCGACUGGAAGCUACUCGCCAGAAUGGCCUGCACGCUGCAGCUGCGGCUGCGGCUUCUACCGCUGACCCUGUGGAUGAGGUGCAAUCAAGUGUUGCCAUGGGUCGCCAGGUUUCUUUAAGGGAUCUAUUUGGGCAACAAAGGGCCCAGGAUGAUGGUUGGAGUACAACAGCGCACCAUGUUAGUCCCCAGGGAUGGCACCAAUCUGGGAUGAGUGUUCCGAUAGCCCAGCCGCAGCCGCAGCCGCAACAAGACGUACUGGGCGAUCUAUUUAGGAGAGCUGGGUUAGCGUACCAGGGGGGUCCCUGAUCGAGGAACCCCCGCUAUUAUCCGAAAGAUGUCUGUUAGAGGCCUAAUGUCAUGACACUUGCGAUACCCAUGAUAUUUGCACAAUGAGCGCAGUUUACCUCCAAUGGGAAAACGGACAACCAUGCAUUAUAU